AUGUCGACAGAAGAGCCAAUUAGUGUUUUGUUUGUGUGUCUUGGCAAUAUCUGUCGUUCACCUAUGGCAGAAGCUGUUUUUGCGCACACAGUGAAAAAGCACAAUCUUCAAAGCAAGAUUCCCAAGAUUGACUCUGCAGGCACUGCUUCAUACCACGUUGGAAGCGCACCCGAUAGUCGUAGUGUAUCCACUUGCAAAGCACAUGGAGUGCCAGUAAAACAUCAUGCCAGAAAGGUUUCCAAAAAUGACUUUGAAGAAUUUGAUUAUGUUCUUUGUAUGGAUGAAUCUAACCUUAGUGAUCUAAAGAGUAUCAAACCCGCUAAUUCAAAGGCUGUUUUAAAACUAUUCGGUGAAUUUGAUCCAGAGGGAGAGCGUAUAAUCGAAGAUCCUUAUUAUGGUGGCACUCAAGGCUUCGAGCACAACUUCAACCAGAUCACAAGAGCAAGCGAGGGUUUACUAAAGCAUCUGAAAUUACUUUAA